AUGCAGCAUUUCGGGCGCCUGCCGCGCCCCCGCGCACCCGGCGCGCCGCCGCCCGCCGACGGCAGCGCGCCCCGGGCCUCGCGCCCGGCCCCGCCGCGCCGCCCGCGAUGCCAUCACCCGCACCUCCAGCAUGGCCACGUGCCCGGCUCCAUGUCACGUACGCUGCAGUACAAGAAAAUCACGAAGCCGCUGCUGGAGCGCAAACGUCGAGCCCGCAUCAACCGUUGCCUGGACGAGCUGAAGGAGCUGAUGGUGGGCGCGUUCGAGGCGGAGGGCGAAAACGUGGCUAAGCUGGAGAAGGCCGACAUCCUGGAGCUGACGGUCCGCCACCUGCAGAAACUGCACGAAGCGGGCAGGUUGGCGCCGCCGCUGUCCCCGCCGCCUGGCGGCGCCACCACCGCUGACGCCGUCGCGCACGCCACUCGCUUCCAGGCGGGCUUCAGCCGGUGUGCGGCCGAGGCGGUGCGGUACCUGCUGACGGCGCCCGGCCUGGACGCGGAGCUGGGUCGGCGCUUGGUGCGACACCUGGCGGCGAGAUGCCUCGGCCCCGCCCAUGCCCCCGCCUCGCCCUCGCCCUCGCCCUCGCCCACGCCCUCACCAACGCCGUCCUCGCCGACGCCGUCCUCGCCGACGCCAUCCUCGCCCGCGCCUUCGCCGUCGCCGCCUCCGGCACACGAAGACGACGGCGACGACGCCGGCCCCGUGUGGAGGCCGUGGUAG